AUGGAGGUUUACGUGAGAUUGAUCUUGGAAGAGAUUAACAUCAUGGGCCAAGUGUGUGAAGUGUGCUGCCCAGUCCCCGUCCGGCUGGUGAACGGGAACAACAUGUGCUCUGGGAGAGUCGAGGUCUAUCAUAACUCUACCUGGGGCACCGUCUGUGGCAGGAGCUGGAAUAGGAGUGAAGCGGACGUGGUCUGCAGGAUUUUGAACUGUGGGACAUCUGAGUCGGUAACAACAGAUGCCUCCUACGGAGAGGGCACUGGGAAGAUCUGGCUGGAUGGGGUGAAGUGUAAGGGGACAGAGCCUGCUCUCGACCAGUGCCCUGCCAGCCCAUGGGGGGUGAAUAACUGCUCCCACGCAGAGGACGCUGGAGUCUCCUGCACAGGCCCGGUCCCCGUCCGGCUGGUGAACGGGAACAACAUGUGCUCUGGGAGAGUCGAGGUCUAUCAUAACUCUACCUGGGGCACCGUCUGUGGCAGGAGCUGGAAUAGGAGUGAAGCGGAUGUGGUCUGCAGGAUUUUGAACUGUGGGACAUCUGAGUCGGUAACAACAGAUGCCUCCUACGGAGAGGGCACUGGGAAGAUCUGGCUGGAUGGGGUGAAGUGUAACGGGACAGAGCCUGCUCUCGACCAGUGCCCUGCCAGCCCAUGGGGGGUGAAUAACUGCUCCCACGCAGAGGACGCUGGAGUCUCCUGCACAGGCCCAGUCCCCGUCCGGCUGGUGAAGGGGAACAACAUGUGCUCUGGGAGAGUCGAGGUCUAUCAUAACUCUACCUGGGGCACUGUCUGUGGCAGGAGCUGGAAUAAGAUGGCGGCAGACGUGGUCUGCAGGAUUUUGAACUGUGGGACAUCUGAGUCGGUAACAACAGAUGCCUCCUACGGAGAGGGCACUGGGAAGAUCUGGCUGGAUGGGGUGAAGUGUAACGGGACAGAGCCUGCUCUCGACCAGUGCCCUGCCAGCCCAUGGGGGGUGAAUAACUGCUCCCACGCAGAGGACGCUGGAGUCUCCUGCACAGGCCCAGUCCCCGUCCGGCUGGUGAACGGGAACAACAUGUGCUCUGGGAGAGUCGAGGUCUAUCAUAACUCUACCUGGGGCACCGUCUGUGGCAGGAGCUGGAAUAAGAUGGCGGCAGACGUGGUCUGCAGGAUUUUGAACUGUGGGACAUCUGAGUCGGUAACAACAGAUGCCUCCUACGGAGAGGGCACUGGGAAGAUCUGGCUGGAUGGGGUGAAGUGUAACGGGACAGAGCCUGCUCUCGACCAGUGCCCUGCCAGCCCAUGGGGGGUGAAUAACUGUUCCCACGCAGAGGACGCUGGAGUCUCCUGCACAGGCCCGGUCCCCGUCCGGCUGGUGAACGGGAACGUGUGCUCUGGGAGAGUCGAGGUCUAUCAUAACUCUACCUGGGGCACCGUCUGUGGCAGGAACUGGAAUAAGAGUGAAGCGGACGUGGUCUGCAGGAUUUUGAACUGUGGGACAUCUGAGUCGGUAACAACAGAUGCCUCCUACAGAGAGGGCACUGGGAAGAUCUGGCUGGAUGGGGUGAAGUGUAAGGGGACAGAGCCUGCUCUCGACCAGUGCCCUGCCAGCCCAUGGGGGGUGAAUAACUGCUCCCACGCAGAGGACGCUGGAGUCUCCUGCACAGGCCCGGUCCCCGUCCGGCUGGUGAACGGGAACAACAUGUGCUCUGGGAGAGUCGAGGUCUAUCAUAACUCUACCUGGGGCACCGUCUGUGGCAGGAGCUGGAAUAGGAGUGAAGCGGACGUGGUCUGCAGGAUUUUGAACUGUGGGACAUCUGAGUCGGUAACAACAGAUGCCUCCUACGGAGAGGGCACUGGGAAGAUCUGGCUGGAUGGGGUGAAGUGUAAGGGGACAGAGCCUGCUCUCGACCAGUGCCCGGCCAGCCCAUGGGGGGUGAAUAACUGUUCCCACGCAGAGGACGCUGGAGUCUCCUGCACAGGCCCAGUCCCCGUCCGGCUGGUGAACGGGAACAACAUGUGCUCUGGGAGAGUCGAGCUCUAUCAUAACUCUACCUGGGGCACCGUCUGUGGCAGGAGCUGGAAUAGGAGUGAAGCGGACGUGGUCUGCAGGAUUUUGAACUGUGGGACAUCUGAGUCGGUAACAACAGAUGCCUCCUACGGAGAGGGCACUGGGAAGAUCUGGCUGGAUGGGGUGAAGUGUAAGGGGACAGAGCCUGCUCUCGACCAGUGCCCGGCCAGCCCAUGGGGGGUGAAUAACUGUUCCCACGCAGAGGACGCUGGAGUCUCCUGCACAGGCCCGGUCCCUGUCCGGCUGGUGAACGGGAACGUGUGCUCUGGGAGAGUCGAGGUCUAUCAUAACUCUACCUGGGGCACCGUCUGUGGCAGGAACUGGAAUAAGAAUGAAGCGGACGUGGUCUGCAGGAUUUUGAACUGUGGGACAUCUGAGUCGGUAACAACAGAUGCCUCCUACGGAGAGGGCACUGGGAAGAUCUGGCUGGAUGGGGUGAAGUGUAAGGGGACAGAGCCUGCUCUCGACCAGUGCCCUGCCAGCCCAUGGGAUGUGAAUAACUGUUCCCACGCAGAGGACGCUGGAGUCUCCUGCACAGAGUCGUGCGUUGAAGAACUGGAGUUGAAUCUGGAUGACCUUUGGUGCGUACGGGAGAAUGAGGAGAUGAUGGAUAGAAGCCCCUAA